AUGGAUGGAUUUUUAAAAUCCGAUGAGAGACAAAGACUAGCCAAAGAAAGACGAGAAGAAAGAGAUAAAUUUCUUGCUGCUCGGGAAAAGCAGAUCAUAGAGAAACAAAAAAGAGCCAAGCUACAGUAUGAAAAGCACGUGGAGGAGCGAUGGCGAAGACUGGAGGAGCAGCGCCAACGGGAAGAACAGAAGAGAGCUGCCGUGGAAGAGAAGAGGAAGCAGAAGCUCAGGGAGGAGGAGGAGCGGCUGGAGGCAAUGAUGCGCAGGUCCAUUGAGCGCACACAGCAGCUGGAGCUGAAGAAGAAGUGCUCUUGGGGAGGAACACUGGCUGCUGCAACUGCGUCUGGAGGUCGCGACGCUUGUGAUAAACUUUCAACAUCAACCAUGAACUUGCCAAAGCAGUUGGAGCCUCCAAUGAAUAAACGCCUAUCAUCAUCCACUGUGGCAAUACCUUAUUCUCCAGAGCGAGCUCAUCGCAUGCACCUUAGUCCCAUGGAAAUCUUUCUUGUUAUGCGACUGUUGACACCCACACAGGCUUCUUUAGCCAGAAGCAGAAGUUCACCCAUGCUCUCUGAGCAGCCCAGUGACUCAGUAUUUUAUGCCUGUCCUCAUGUAGCUCCUGCUGGCCCUCUCAAAGCUUCCUACAAGUCUUCGCCCACUCGAAAUGUCGAGAGGAAGAAGGUCGUAUCUACAUCUGGCACAGGAGAUUCGGGGAAAGGAGCCCUUGCAGAAGCUGAGGCCCCUCUGGUGGAGAAGUCAAAGAGGGAGUCUCGAACACUACCUUCUAUGACUGCCAUGGGCCUGGGCUCCCCUCUGAGAAGAUGUGACUUUCCAGGAGGCCUUUCUAAAAGAUCGUCUUCUCCUAUAACACUCAAAUCAAUUUCCAAAGCAUAUCCACCAUCUCCAAAGAGCGUGAAGCCGCCAUACCUAGGAUCUCCAGUGAGAUACCGCCUGCCUACCUUUUCCAGCCGAGAGAUCCCUAAGAAGAAGGCAGAGAAAGAGAAGAGCAACAAGGAACGUGAAAGUGCCAUUGGUCAUCAGGCACUUGGUGCCCAUGGAGAGGAGGCUCUUGAGAAGCACGUUGUGGAUAAGCACAUCACCGAGAAGCACUCUGCUCCUGGAGGGAAGGCCGAGUGUAGUGAAGCCUCAGGGAAGCCCACAGCAGGUACCACUGAUGCCGGAGAGGCCUCAAAGAUCCUGACUGAGAAGAGACGACAGGCCCGGCUGCAGAAGGAACAGGAAGAACAAGAACGACUGGAGAAGGAGAAACAAGACAGGCUGGAGAAAGAGGAACUGAAAAGAAAGGCAGAGGAGGAAAGGCUUCGUCUAGAAGCAGCAGCCCGUAAACAGGAAGAGGAAAGGAAGUGGCAGGAAGAGGAAAAGAAAAGAAAGGCAGAAGAGGAAGCCAAGCAGAAGGCUGAGGAGGAGCUACUGUUGAAAGAAAAGCAAGAAAAAGAAAAGAAGGAAAAAGAAAAGCAAGAAAAAGCCAUGAUUGAGAAGCAGAAAGAAGAAGCCGAAGCAAAGGCCCAAGAAGCAGCUAAGCAGAUGCGUCUAGAAAGAGAGCAAAUCAUGCUCCAGAUUGAGCAGGAACGACUGGAGAGGAAGAAGAGAAUAGAUGAAAUCAUGAAAAGAACAAGGAAGAGUGAUGUGUCUCCAGAAGUGAAGAAAGAAGACACUAAAGUGGGGAUUCUCCCUGUUGUAUGUGUGGAAAAUAAGACAAAACCAGUUGUCCCCAACAAAAUUGAAAUCAAUGGAUUGAAUACCUGCCAGGAAGUGAAUGGUAUAGGGCACGCUGCCCCAGAAACUUUUCCCCGAGAUGUUUUUGCUAAUGGGCUUAAACCAGUUGCGGGACUUAUUCAUCUGGAUGCCCUUGAUGGGAAAUCAAACAGUCUGGAUGAUUCCACUGAAGAAGUUCAGUCUAUGGACGUCAGCCCUGUUUCAAAAGAAGAGCUUAUAUCCAUCCCAGAAUUUUCACCAGUGACUGAAAUGAUUCCUGGGGGGUCUCUGGACCAAAAUGGAACUGGUAAUGCCCGCGCACUUCAAGAUCUCUUAGAUUUCACUGGCCCCCCAGCAUUCUCCAAGAGAUCCAGUGAGAAUCUCAGCCUUGAUGACUGUAACAAAAACUUGAUUGAAGGGUUUAACAGCCCUGGCCAAGAAAACACUCUGAACACCUUCUGUUGA